AUGGAGCAAAACAAAGAUGUUCUAAACUCACGUCAACCAGUCACCAAGAAUUACGAUUCCAAACCCCAAAACUCGAUUAACUACAACGUGAACCCCGCUAACUACACAGAAAAUAAUCACAACCUCUUCCAAAUGAUUAAAUGCCACGAAGACAGCCUCCUAAGACUACAUCACCUAACAGCUGGCAGACAAAUUAAUAGUACUUACGAACCAAGCUAUCAGAACGACUUAUCUUGGUAUUCCAAAGACUUACAACGGCCAUACAUCAAACCUGUCGAUUAUCUAGCUUACGAAGACAUGAGGAGGAAGUAUGAAGACAAAAAUUCAAAAGAAAAAGAAAUUCAAAAAGAAUCUGAGGAAGAUAGAGAUGCAAAAUUAGAUGAAAGGAAGAAACCAAGGAGAAAUAGAACUACUUUUACCAGCCAGCAACUAGCUGCCUUAGAGAAGGUGUUUGAGAAGACACAUUACCCUGACGCUUUUGUUAGAGAGGACUUGGCGGCUAGAGUAAACUUGACAGAAGCUAGAGUUCAGGUAUGGUUUCAAAACCGGCGAGCGAAAUUCCGCCGAAACGAGAGGUCAGCCAUGUCAAACCACAGAAGUUCUACGAGCCAAAGUACACCAGAGCCCAUUGCUGUCCCAAUUGGCAUUCCUCAUCAAGCAGAUCCGAGACAAGACUUCACACGAAAUUCCAAAGAACCAUGGCUGCACCACUUUCAAACGAACAAUUUAAACUUAAACCUUGGAAUUCCAAUUACGAAUACGGGUUUAUACCAGAACGAUUACUCUUUGAUGAUGCAGAAUGUUGGCAAUAGACAAUAUGUGCCAAACUCCAAUAGUUUGAUGGGGCAAAGUGUAGUUGGCUAUGGAAGCACAACUGAUAACGGAUAUGGUUCUUGUGCAUUAAUUGGUGGAUACAGUGGGUCAUUGCAAUCAGCUCAUCAUGGGUCGUAUAACCUGAAUUUGAGGUUAAGACCUCAUGAUUUUAGCAUAAAUAAUAUAGCCCUAUAA